AUCACCACCGACACCAUUAUUUUCAGUGCAAGAGUCCAUCAGAGAGAGACUCAAAUCCAAUUCUCCUUACUUCAACAGCUCAAAUUUGGAAUCUUUUCUAAAAACCCAGAUCAACAGAUCUCGAAUGGCGAAGUACACGGCGGCGUUGAAGGUGGGACUGGCUUUACUGGCCCUGAGUAUGGUGGGUUACAUACUUGGUCCACCUCUCUACUGGCACCUCACGGAGGCCUUAGCCGUUUCAGCUACUUCUUGCUCUGCUUGCGUCUGUGAUUGCUCUUCGUUGCCUCUUCUCACCAUCCCAACUGGACUCAGCAAUGGUUCAUUCACUGAUUGUGCAAAGCGUGAUCCAGAGGUGAACGAAGACACAGAGAAGAACUACGCCGAACUUUUAACAGAGGAACUGAAGCAGCGUGAAGCAGCAUCAAUGGAGAAACACAAACGAGUAGACACAGGUUUGCUAGAGGCCAAGAAGAUAACAUCAUCAUACCAGAAGGAGGCAGAUAAAUGUAACUCGGGUAUGGAGACUUGUGAAGAAGCAAGAGAGAAGGCAGAAAAAGCACUUGUAGAGCAGAAGAAGCUGACUUCUAUGUGGGAACAGAGAGCUCGUCAGAAAGGAUACAGAGAUGGAGCCACCAAGUCAACUGUUAAAUCCAAAAGCAGCGCUCAGGUUGCUUAAGUACACACUAAAGGUUUUGUUUUCUUAUCACACGAAAGAUAGUUUCAUGUUAAGUGUAACUGUGAAUUUGAUUCAUACUAUUGUAUUUUAGUUUUCUGAUGGAGAUAAAUCAAUCAGAUGAAAUGGAAACAUUGUACCAAAACAACAAAGGAUUAAUGGAUUU